CCCGGCAGAGCCUGGGAGGAGCGACCCGGAGGCCGCAGAGGCAGCAGCACCGGCGGCAUGAGCGGCUACCAGCCACCAGUGGUGAUCGACAAUGGCUCAGGAAUGAUCAAGGCGGGCCUGGCUGGAACCCGGGAGCCCCAGUUCGUUUACCCGAACAUUCUGGGCCGGACCAAGGGCCACAAGACUGCGACGGACAGCGAGCUGGAGUUGUGUGUAGGUGAUCAAGCCCAGGAGCGCAGGAACUUCCUGUCUAUCAGCUAUCCAGUGGACCGAGGCCUCAUUUCCUCCUGGGGGGACAUGGAGAUCAUGUGGAAGCAUAUCUACGACUAUAACCUGAACCUGAAGGCCAGCGAUGGCCCAGUCUUGGUUACAGAACCUGCACUGAACCCCUUGGUGAACCGGCAGCACAUCUCUGAAGUGUUUUUUGAAAACCUGGGAGUCCCUGCCUUCUAUCUGUCUGUCCAGGCUGUGUUGGCACUCUUUGCGGCUGGCUUCACCACCGGCCUGGUGCUGAAUUCGGGGGCUGGGGUUACUCAGUGUGUGCCAGUCUUUGAGGGCUACUGUCUGUCUCAUGGUGUAAAACAGCUGAAUGUGGCGGGACAUGACCUCACCAGUUACCUCAUGAUGUUGCUGAAGGACGAUGGUGUCAUGCUGCUUAGAACUGGGGACAGAAAGAUCGUGACUGACAUUAAGGAGAACACUUGUUAUGUGGCAAUGAACUAUGAGGAAGAAAUGGCCAAGGAACCUAGCCUAGAGAAAAUGUACACCCUGCCUGAUGGGAAGACGAUCAAACUCCAUAACCAGGUCUUUCGUUGCCCAGAGGCUCUCUUCUCUCCGUGGCUUGUGAACGUUGAUGACCCUGGCAUCGAUAAGAUGUGUCUCAGCAGCAUCAUGAAAUGUGACACUGAGCUCAGGAAUUCCUUCUUCUCCAAUAUUAUCCUUGCUGGAGGAUCGACCUCUUUCCCUGGUUUAGAUAAGCGACUCGUUAAGGAUGUGGCAAAGGUGGCACCCGCCAAUACCCCUGUGCAGGUUACAGCUCCCCCAGAAAGGAAGAUAUCAGUGUGGAUGGGGGGAUCUAUUCUUGCAUCCUUGUCUGCCUUCCAAGACAUGUGGAUCACUGCUGCAGAAUUCGAAGAAGUUGGACCCAAUAUAGUACACCAAAGAUGCUUCUGAAUAGCAGGCAAAAUGAUGAGUAAAACAUGUUUUGAGUAUACACAACAACAAAACACUUUGGAUAUUCUGAUUCUGGGGGACCAAAAACAUUUCUGUUAUUGGGAUAGCCCUUUCUUUUUUUUAAAUGUUUUUGGUAGUUCUGGAAAUAGAACCUAGAGUCUCACACACGCAAAACACUCUACCACUGACCUAUAUGCCCAGCCCUCUUUUUAACUUUACAUUUUCUGAUAGGAUCUCCUGCUAAAAUGACCAGAGUGGAUUUCAGUUUGUAAUCCUUGUGUUUCAGUCUCCCCGGUAGCUGGAAUUACAGGCUUGUGACUUUGGGGCUGGGUCUCAAUACAACAGGGCAGGAAACAGUGUAAUUGUUAGGUUUCAAACCCAGGACAAACAACUGAGGUGCCUGUUUAAUAUAUCAAACUGGACACUAGCUGCUAGGUCCUCCCUGCGACCCUCAGUCCUUACCUGUUACAGGGUCCUCCUGGCAUACCCCACCCCUACCCUAAAUUUCUCAUUUCUCUCCUCCCAGAUGCCCUUCCCUAUAUAAUCUAAACAUUUUGGUUACCUCGCCUCUCUUUGGGUCUCCUGGCUGCUGUACCUGGUUCCGUAUCUGCCCUUGUCCUCCUCACAUGGCUCAGGGUCCUGACCACCCUGGACUCUCUCAGAUGGCUUUGCCUCUGGCUAGCCCUCCCUUUUAUCUACAAUAAACUUUCUCCUUCACCAUA